AUGCCGCCGAAGAAGCUCAUGAAGGGCAAGACGGGGUUCUUCGGCGUGCGAGCGAAGCCAUCCGGCCACUUCAGCAUGAAGUUUACUGACGUCGGCCACCGCUUCUGGCUUGGCAGCUACCCCACCGCCCACGAGGCCGCGCGUGCCUACGACGUGGCAGGCAUUCGGAUGGAGGAGAUACCGAAGAAGAAGGCGAACAAGAGGCCGGCCAUUGUUAUUGGUCCUCGCGAUAGUGACGAGGCAGCGAUGGCAAAUUUGGAGUAUGUUCAGGCCGAGCAGGAGUACUUCUGGAAGCACGAUGCCGAGCAAAAGGAGGAGGAGGAGGAGGCCGCCCCCUCAAUGGUGGUCCCUGUCGAGUCUUCAGAGGAGGACUAG